AUGUCUGCCGCACAUCUUGCAGAAAAAGAUAAUGGUCUUAAACGUGUGGCAUCUGAUCACAGAGCCGAGGCCGUCUCCAGACUCGAACGCGAAAUACUUGGGACAUGUGAGGCAAGUCGGUUGAUGGAGCCCGUCCCUAGUGGCUUCAAUUCGGUGGCUCUGUUUACUUGCAUACUACUUGGGAUGACCGAUAGCUGGCAUCAUCCGACCAUGCUUGGUCUGAAACAUCUACACAGUGCCCGUGUAUUGUUUCAAAGAUGGCGUCCAGUAGUCAUUGAAUCCGUCCAAUCGACAGAAGAACGAAAAUCAGUUCACUUUGUUGCCGGUAUUAUGGCAUACUGGGAAGCUUUGGUCUCCUUUCUGCGAGAUCAACCGCUUGAUAUCACGUCAUAUCUAUCCUCAUAUGUGGACGAGAGUUAUGACACUAUUCCGCCCAAUCCCUGGACAGGGAUAUCUACACCCCUAUUUAUAUACCUGGCUCGCGUGGGAGCUUUAGGAAGACAGCGAGAUACGCUGCGAAAAAUGAACCUAUCAAGUCUCGUCUCGGAUGUUGAGGAACAAAUUCAAGUGAAACUGAUUAACAAAGCCUGUGAAAUUGAGACACUGCUGCUGGGGUACUGUAUUCCCCCAUUGGAUAAGAUCGAGAAGACCGAUGAUACAAAAACACCAGAGAUUCAUCUUCAAAAGACUGCGAAAAUAUUCCGACUCACAACUCUGCUAGAACUCUAUCUUUCAUUUCCAGAACUGUUGAGACCACGUGAAAAAGGGUCCAGUCACUCCGAAUUCGAUGGUUCAUAUCGUCUCGAAACUUCAAAGUCUUCCAAAAUGCUGUCUCUAGCGACGGGCAUUCUAACAAUUAUAUCAACUUUGCCGUUGGACUCAGGCACAAAUGUGAUACUCUCCCUUCCUCUUAUCGUGGCUGGGAGUGCUUUACAACCGCCUGCUCCUAUCUGCACAUCCCAAGAAACCGAUCUAUGUGGCGAGCUUGCCAAUAUUCACAAUGAACAAGGGGUACAUGAGCAUUGGCGACCGUUUGUGAGAGAAAGACUGAAAAAUAUCCAUCGAUUUGUUGGCCUCGCUUCGGUCAUGCGUGGUUUGGAGGUGGUAGAGAAGACAUGGUUGGUUUCAGAUCUGCAAAGACUGGCCGGUCAACAGGGUAUUAGGGAGCAAUUUGUUCACUGGACAAAUGUUAUGGUUGAUGAGCGACUGGAGACUAUAUUUGGAUAA